GGAGGGACGGGGCACUAAUCUCCCUGCGCGCCUGGGCCGCGCUCCGAAGGGUGAAGGGUCGGUCGGGAGUUGUGAGUCAUGGCGCUGGCCGCGCGAGUCUCGCGCUUGCUGCCUUCGGGAUUUCGUGCAGUCCGAGGACCUCGGCUCCCGUCGGGUGCGGCUGGCAGCCGCGGGCGGCGCGGUGCUUGGCUACUCCGUGGUUUUGAGGUAAUGGGAAACCCAAGUGCUUUUAAAAGGAGUCUGUUAUUCUCAGCCGUGUCUUAUUUGGGUUUUGGAACUUAUCAAGUCGUUUCUCAGAUUGCUGUGGUUCAUGCAACAGCCAAAGUUUUUAGAGUUGAAGAAAUCCUCGAGCAAGCGGACUACUUAUAUGAAAGUGGAGAAACAGAAAAACUUUAUCAGUUGUUAACCCAAUACAAAGAAAGUGAAGAUGCAGAGUUACUCUGGCGUUUGGCACGGGCAUCACGUGAUAUAGCUCAGCUUUGUGGAACCUCAGAAGACGAGAAAAAGCUGUUGGUGUAUGAAGCACUAGAAUAUGCUAAAAAAGCCCUAGAAAAAAAUGAAUCAAGUUUUGCAGCUCACAAGUGGUAUGCAAUCUGUAUAAGUGAUGUUGGAGAUUAUGAAGGCAUCAAGGCUAAAAUUGCAAAUGCCUACAUUAUCAAGGAACAUUUUGAGAAAGCAAUCAAACUAAACCCUAAAGAUGCUACUUCAAUUCACCUUAUGGGUAUUUGGUGUUACACAUUUGCAGAAAUGCCUUGGUAUCAAAGAAGAAUUGCUAAAAUGCUGUUUGCAACUCCUCCUAGUUCCACCUAUGAGGAGGCCUUAGGCUACUUUCAGAUGGCAGAAGAAGUGGAUCCAAACUUCUACAGCAAGAACUUGCUUCUUUUAGGAAAGACCUAUUUGAAGCUACACAACAAAAAGCUCGCUGCUUUCUGGCUACUGAAGGCUAAGGACUAUCCAGCUCACACAGAGGAAGAUAAACAGAUACAGACAGAAGCUGCUCAGUUGCUUACAAGUUUCGGUGACAAGAAUUGAAAAUUUUGCAAAGAAAGCACAUGAAAUAUCUAAUAUUGCCUUUUC